ACAGAGCAGACACUCACCUGGAGCUGGAUUGUCAGUGUUCCUGUUGAGACAGAAGCUACCAAAACAGUAUGAAGAGUCUGAAGGCAAAGUUCAAAAAGACUGAGAGUCAGGACUGGAGUAAGAGUGAUGAGAGGCUCCUUCAGGCUGUGGAGCAGAAUGAGCCUGACAAAGUCUCCGCUCUCAUCGUCAAAAAAGGCCUCUGUCCUACCAAGCUGGACGCUGAGGGCAAGUCAGCGUUCCACCUCUGUGUAUCUCGAGGUCGGCUAGACUGUCUGGAGGUCAUCGUCUCUCACGGAGCAGACGUCAAUGCCACUGAUGGCGCGGGCUUCAGCGCCCUUCACCUCGCAGCCAAAAACAGCGAACCAGAGUGUUUGAAGAGACUCUUACAGGAGAGAUUAGCAGUAGAUUGCACUGACAGCAUUGGUAGGACACCGCUCCAUCAUGCAGCGGUCAGUGGCUGCUUGUCCUGCUCGGAGACGCUGUGGGAUUUUAAAGCCAAUCUGGAUGUCCAGGAUGGGGACGGGGCCACACCUUUGAUCUUAGCAGCUCAGAUGAGCAGAGUGGAGCUGUGUGUCUUCCUGCUGGGUCGAGGUGCCGAUGCAAACAUACAAGACAACCAGGGAAGGUCUGCACUGAUGCUGGCGUGUGAGAGUGACAGCGUGGAGACUGUGGGAGCUCUACUAAGGGGCGGUGCCGACACACAGCUUGUUGACGCCCUCGGACACAAAGCAACUGACUACAGCAUAACCACGGGCAACCAACAUAUCAUGCAAUUAUUGCAAGAUGGACCACCUCCAGCUCCUGAGGGCGCAGGCGAGGAGCCCCCCCAAGUCCCCUCAGGCGCCUCAUCAGUGCAAGGGGGUACUACCCCCCGUAAACGGAAAGCUCCUCCACCACCCCGCUCUCCUUUGCAGGGAUUGCCCCCCUCUCCAAAGCCCCGGAGUCCUGCACCAGCUGCCCAGUCCCCUGAGCCCCAGUCUACUUCUCCCUCUCCCCAGCCUCCAGACACACAGCAGGUAGCUCAAGAUGAAGAGGUGUUUGAGGAGAUUCGACGGUUGCGUCUUGAGAGAGGCCGUCUGCUCCAGAAGAUCAAAGCCUUGGAGCAGCAGCAGCAGAGCGCCAUCUCUGCCUUGGAGGAGUUGUCCCAACUGAAGCUGCGUCUAGAGGAGGCAGAGGCAGAGAGAGACAAGCUGCUGGAGGAGCUGAAGGGAGGCCAUGGUAUUGGGGCUAGUGACUCUGAGGACAUGGAUGAAAUGUUGGACUUCCCAGAGAAGCUGCUCUCUAAGCGCUCCAGAGCCUCUCCUGCUCAGGAUGAGGCCACUUCUCAAGGAGACGCAGACUCGGCCAACCCUGUCCCCGGAGACCCGGGAACUGUUGCUGAGCUGCACAAACAAAUAGAGGAACUUACUUCACAGAACUCUGAACUAACUCUCAAGGUGCAGAUGCUGGAGAUGUUUGAGAAGGAUGACACAGACAUGCAGACCUCCAGCUCCGACUUUGUCCCCAUAGUUCAGUACGAGACCCUGAGGAAGGAGUUUGAAGCCCUGCAGGAGCGCCUCUCUCAGGCGCAGGCUUCUGACGAGGCCUCCAGCGUGGCAGAGGAGCGUGGUGAUGAGAAGUCACAGGAAGGAGGUGCGGAUGCAGAGAGUGUGACAUCUCUGAAGGAGAAGCUGCGAGUGCUAAAGGAGCAGUUGGCCUCCUCACAUUCUGAGCUGGAGGAGCUGAAGGAGCAGAUGCGCCUUGGGGUGCUUUCUGUAGAGUGUGUUGAAGGGGAUACUGCCACAGCAGGUGCAGGGGCUGCAGACGGGGGUCCGAGCCAGGAGGCACAGCAGCUGAGAGCGAGGGUGACGGAGCUAGAGGAGGAGCUAGCUAAGAGAAAGGGCGAGGCAGGCGGUCAGAGCAGCCAGGACAGUGACACAAUCAAACAGCUGACGGAGAAAGUAAAGGAGCUCCGUGCUGCUCUGUCCCACAGAGAGUCUGCGAAAGAAGAAGGCGAUAGAGAGGGUGGAGGAGCAGAGACAGAAACAGUGAAGCACCUCCGUGACAAAGUGGCUGAGUUGGAGGCAGCCCUGGCAGAGAGCAGGACAUCAGAGAAAGCUGGAGGAGCAGCAGGAGAUGGAGAUCAGGUCCGUCGUCUCCAGGAGCGUUUGGCAGAGUUAGAGGGGGAGCUGAGAAAGUGCGUGCCCCGCACAGAGUUGGAGGAGGUGCAGGUGACUCUGGGGCUCCAGUGUGAGCAGCUGGCCAGGGAGAGGGCAGACGUAGCUAGGAGGCUCAACGAUGCUCUCCUGGAUCUGGAGAGACUCAGGCCACCUCCACGCGUAGAUGAGGAAGAUGAAGAAGAAGAGGAGGAGCAUUCAGAGAGCUCAGAGCCAUCGGUGAGUGAUCAUGCCUCUGUCCAAUCAGUGCACUCCAGACGCACCAUGGCAGCAGUGAGAGAAGAGCUGGAGGUUGCAAGGCAGGAGGCAGCCCAGGCUCUGGACUGUCUGUGUGCGGAGCGGGAGGGCCGGGCACAGGACGCCCUGCAGCUGAAAGACGCAGUGCCACUCUCAAAGCAUAAGGAGGCGCUGUCUGCAGUGUCUGAACAGCUGGCUCAGACACUGCAGGAGCUCCAGGAGGAAAAGACCCUUCGCGGUCAGGCUGAGGAGCAGGCUGCCAAGCUAGAGGCCAAGCUGCAGGCCAUGCAGGAUGCCAUACCCAAAGUGGAGCAUGAGAAAGUCAAGGCAGAGCUCCAGCACACCCUGCAGGCCAGUGAGAGCACAGCAGCAGCAGCUCAGGAGGCUCUGAGUGAGAAGGAGAUGGAGCUGAGAGAGCUCAAGUCCCAAAAGGCUGCAGAACAGGGUCUGAUCUCCAAGGAGGACCACGAGGCCCUGCGGCUCUCUCUGCAGGCCGAGAUCAACGCCGCCACGGCCCGUUUCAACGAUCUCACUCGCAAGCAUGAGAAGACCUGCACUGAGGUGUUCCAGGUGCAGAGGGAGGCUCUCUUCAACAAGAGUGAGAGGCAGGUCGCAGAGUCCCAGCUUGCCACGGUGCAGCAACAGCUAGCUGAGCUACAGGCUCAAUCCAGCCACAUCCAGGAGCUCCACAAAGGCAUCCAGGAGUCCCAGGGCCUGGUCAAGGAGAAGGAUCGCAAGAUAACAGAGCUGUCCAAAGAGGUGUUUCGGCUAAAGGAGGCCCUGGGAGCUUUGUCACCUCCUCUGGGCAUCACCUCAUCUUCCUCCUCCUCAUCUACCCAUCAUGGUAACCCCGGGACGCAAAUGGCACUGCAGAACAGGAUUUCCAUACUCACCCAGCAGCUCCAGGACUGGGAGAGAAAACACAAACAGGUGGUGACUGUAUAUCGUUCGCAUUUACUGGCAGCUGUGCAGGGUCGUAUGGAUGAGGAGGUACAGAGUCUUCUUCUCCAGAUCCUGAGGAUGUCACAGUAGUAACCCUGAACCUUAAAACGUCUGCAAGUCUCUCUCCGCUCCCUUUACAGGUCAGCAUGAAGCAGUUCCGGCUCUGCAUCCUGUGGGACCUGCAUCAUAGAGACUUUGUCUAGAAAGCCAAAUUCAACUGAUUUGUGUUCAGACGUAGCUGCAUGUGUACAAUAUGGUAAUUAUACAACAGCCGCAAGGCUUGACUGAUAAGCAAACAGUGAAAAAGUAGAACUGUAGAGUGCCUUCAUGGCUGGAUAAGUUAAAUGACAGCAGCCUAUAAGUCAGGGGUUCAUGAAUGUGAACAGAGUGGUUAUCUAGGAGAUAGAAUCAGGUGCAUUGAUUGUGUGU